AUGGCUCUACCUUUGUAUAAUCUAGAAGAUGAUUUCGAGAUCAAACUAAACAUGAAUAAUCAGAUGAAAGACUUGAAUGACAUUAAGGAGACAAUGAAAGGAUUGGCCUUCAACGGAUCGAAGCAAAGUGCAGAUGCUAAAUACGGUUAUGAGAUGCGACCAGAAUUUGCUACCCCUUUCCCAUCUUCAUAUAGUCGUGUUGCAUACACUCCUCCACAAAGCAGAGUAUUUGGUGGUAAUGAUGAUCAAACUAUCAUCGUUAAAGGAUUUGACUCUUCGUUUCCUGUGUAUUAUAUCAAGAGCGAAUUGAGUAAAUAUUUCAGCUCAUGUGGAGAGAUUACAAGCGUUGUUAUUCCAACAGACCAAGUCUCCGGUGCGGUCAUAGGAUUUGAGAAGGCUACACCUAUAAGAGAUUUUGGUCGUUCAGGCAGAGAAGGUCAAUGGCCUUAUCCCUACUAUACCCGUUGUGACGGUCUCGGCCAUAGUGUACCGUCUGUUGAGGUUUUGGUGGCAGAAGAAGAGAUGGUUCUAUAG